GAGAAACCCUAAUUCUCAGUCGAGCCGCGUCCGUAGCGAUGGCGGCCCCCCUCCCCGGCGACUGCGAGGGCGUCGGCUGCACCUCCAGCGGCCACGUCUGGCACCUCCACCGCCUCCACCACAGCGACGACGGCAUCUGCAGCCUCUGCUCCUCUUGCGUUCUCCUCCGCCACCGCGACAACUUCUGCUCCGUGUGUUUACUCUUCGUCUUCCCCGAUGCCACACCCCAAGACGAUGUCUAUGACCCCGUCGUCUCCUGUUCGAGCUGCGGCGUCGCGCCCGUCGCCGUCGCGCACCGGGCCUGCGUCCCGGACCCCUACUGCUUCGUCUGCCCAGCGUGCGCCGCCGCCGCCGAGGGCAAGCCCUUCUCUUACACCGGUGACCCGCACACGCCGGGGGAGCUCGCCACGCGCGCCCUCGUCGUCGCGGCGCGGCUCGCGCACGAGUCCCUCGAACGCGCCGCCGCCGCGGCGCGCGAGCAUGCGGACCGCCGCAUCCGGGAGGCCGCCGUCGCCAAGAAGCGCGUGCGCGACAUGCUAGACAUGCUACACGUGGUCUGGGGCCUGGAGACCGAAUCCCCGGCCGCAGCGCCCUCGCCCUCGCCCACGCCCGCCACGCCGGUGCUGAUAAAGAGGACGACCCUGAAGAGCAACGCAGCGAACAGGGACAGCAACAAGCCUCUCGACAUCAAUUCAAUACAUAGGCCGGCGCUGGCGUUCGCUGCCGCCGCGGCCGCAGCGGCUAGCUCAACGCCAUUGUCGACGCCGUCAUUCCGGGAGGAAAAGAAGCCACCGAAACAGGGACGAGGUUCAGCAAACAGAGGAGCAAAAGACGAUCAGAGGGUACUCUUCGGCGCCUUUGAACAGUGACCACAGCUUUCAACAGUGACUCCAGCUUCACAAAAGCUAAAUUUUCUAAGAUAUCACGUCAUCAUAAAAUUACAACCGAUCAAAGUGGGUUAGUUUUAGACAACACUUGGUCAGUUUUAGAUCUCUCGACACAUGUACAGCCCACCAUAGAGACAAACUCAAUCCAUCCGUAAUUUUAUCGAUGGAGAUGUCAACAGUUAGAUUUAAUACUUAUAUUGUUAGAUACAUACCUUCUAUUUAUAGCUAGCUUCAGUUAUCACUAUCUUUGUUUGUACUUUGGCUUGAUUACGACUGCCUCAUAUUCAGAUUGAGCUUAUGUUUAGCGUUACUCUCAGUGCUGAUAUCACGUUUCGUCGGUGCCAUUCUUCCAUCGUGUUGAUUGGAUCCACGCAAAAAUUGUAUUAACUCCAUUCCAUAGUAUAUAGAGAUAUUUUAAUUAUC